GCAAGGUGAAUGGGCCGGGGUGAUGUGAUGAGUUAGCCGAGGUCACGAUAUUCUAACAAGACACAACCUGGGAAAUCAUACGAUUGCGAUGAUAAUUGACAAGCCUCCAAAUCCAAUCCGAUUUCUCUAAAAUUCGAUCAACAAUUACAUUAUUAAAAAAAAAAAAAAACAAAAAAAAAAAUUUCCUCUUUCUGGGUUGCGAGAAAUUCACACCAAGAACUCAAAUUAGCAGUAAUUAGAAGAAAUUCAAAAAUGGGGUUGCCCAAAAAUACAGUGUUUUGUGUAGGCACUGCUGAUACAAAGCUUGAAGAACUCCGCUUUCUAUGUCAAUCUGUUGCUUCCCACUUUAAAUCUUUUUCUCCCAAUUCCUCCCAUUCUCAGGUUCAGGUCACUCUGGUUGAUGUUUCCUCAGGUCAGAAGGUGAUCCAGAGUUUGGAAGACUUUCAUUUUGUUCCGAGAAAGGAUGUGCUAUCUUCUUAUCUUGGUCCUGGAAACCAAGAUUAUUUGCUUCCUGAUGAUCGAGGCAGAGCAGUGAAAAUAAUGAGUAAAGCUCUUGAACAAUUCAUAAAGAAAGCUUACGAGGAUCAUGUAGUUGUGGGAGCUAUUGGUCUUGGAGGCACUGGAGGAACUUCUUUAUUGUCUUCUGCUUUUACAAGUCUCCCCGUUGGGGUGCCGAAAUUCAUUGUUUCCACUGUAGCAAGUGGUCAAACUCAGCCUUACAUUGGUACGUCAGAUUUGGUAUUGAUUCCAUCUGUGGUUGAUAUAUGUGGAAUCAAUCGAGUGAGCAGGGUUAUUUUGUCGAAUGCUGGAGCUGCAUUCGCAGGAAUGGUUCUUGGAAGCUUACAGCGGUCAUCUAACUCUGCUAGUGUUGAGGGAAAACCUACUGUUGGAAUUACUAUGUUUGGUGUCACCACUCCGUGUGUGGAUGCUCUUAAGAACAGGUUGCUUGAGGAAGGUUAUGAAUCUUUGGUGUUCCAUGCAACUGGGGUGGGGGGCAAGGCAAUGGAGGAUCUUGUUAAAGGUGGUCUAAUACAGGGAGUGUUGGAUAUCACAACAACAGAAGUUGCUGAUUAUGUGGUCGGUGGUGUCAUGGCAUGUGACAGCUCUCGCUUUGAUGCUAUCAUAGAGAAGAAGAUCCCCUAUGUCCUAAGUGUCGGAGCCUUGGAUAUGGUUAAUUUUGGUGUGAAGGACAGCGUGCCUUCCAAGUUUCAGGAUAGAAAGAUUUAUGUGCAUAAUGAGCAGGUGACACUAAUGCGGACCACACCAGAUGAAAACAAAAAAAUUGCGGAGUUUAUUUCAGGUAAACUGAACAAGGCAACAUCAAAAAUUUGUGUCUGCUUGCCAGAAAAAGGUAUCUCUGCUCUGGAUGCACCUGAAAAGCCUUUUUAUGAUCCUGAAGCAACUGGCACCCUACUAAGUGAACUUCAGAGGUUGAUUCAGACUAACGAAUAUCUGAAGGUAAAAAAAUAUCCUCAUCAUAUCAAUGAUCCAGAGUUUGCAACUGCAUUAGUUGAUGCAUUUCUCGAGAUCAGUAGCAAGAGUGCAACAAAUUCACAUUUGAAAAAACUUACAGCUAAUGGACACAAUCAAGAUCUUAGUGAAGAUGUGAAAGCUAAAGCAGACUCAUCUAGUUAUCCAUCCGUAGAAUACAGCUUGAGUGAAUUCCCGGACGCAAACAAAGACACUUUGCAAAGAAGGCAUAUGAUACUGCAGACAUUCACUCAUCAAAUAAGCAAAGGCAUUCCAAUAAUUGGUGCUGGUGCUGGGACAGGGAUAUCAGCUAAAUUUGAGGAAGCAGGUGGUGUUGACUUGAUUGUCAUAUACAACUCAGGAAGAUUUCGUAUGGCUGGAAGGGGCUCUUUAGCCGGGCUGUUGCCUUUUGCUGAUGCAAAUGCAGUAGUUCUUGAGAUGGCCAAUGAAGUUUUGCCAGUGGUGAAAAAUGUACCGGUUCUUGCUGGAGUAUGUGGCACUGACCCUUUCCGCAGAAUGGACUAUUUUCUUAAGCAAUUAGAGGCAAUUGGAUUUUGCGGGGUGCAAAACUUUCCAACUGUGGGCCUCUUUGAUGGUAAUUUCAGGAAGAACCUGGAGGAAACGGGAAUGGGAUAUGGCUUGGAAAUUGAGAUGAUCAACAAGGCACACAGAAUGGGCCUUCUAACAACUCCAUAUGCAUUUAAUGAAGAUGAGUCUGUAGGAAUGGCAAAAGCUGGUGCUGAUAUGAUAGUGGCACACAUGGGACUUACAACUUCUGGAUCAAUAGGUGCAACAACUGCUGUUUCCCUAGAUGAUUGUGUGAUUCAUGUUCAAGCGAUUGCAGAUGCUGCACACAAGACCAGGCCAGAUGUUAUAGUGCUCUGUCAUGGAGGUCCCAUAUCAGGCCCUAAAGAAGCAGAGUUCAUACUAAAGAGAACCAAGGGAGUUCACGGAUUUUAUGGGGCAUCAAGCAUGGAGAGACUACCGGUUGAACAAGCUAUAAAGAGUACAGUUGAACAGUAUAAAUUAAUUUCGCUUUACUGAGGUUCUCUCAGGAAUCAAUUUCUGGAUUUUCUAUGUAACUGUUUCGCCUGCUGCCGUAGAAUACCAAAGAGCUGCUGCUAUGGUAUGCGCUACUACCUGAUUGACCUUAUGGUAAUAUUCUCGAAGUUACAGAAUAAUUAAAUAAUUAUAUAAAUGACAACACUUGUAUGAGUUGUAUCGUUGUAUGUAACACUUAGAUACUGUGAUUUGCAACACUUCCAUGUAAAAUGUCUAAUGUGUUACUGUAAAUUGUAACAUUCUUAACACUUUACUUUGAAGCUCAUGAAUAAAUUCAAAAUCC